AUGUGGUCUGUGAUAACGGAUCCGGUUCGAAACCUUUUUGCAAAUGUUCUUCACCGUUUCAUCCACAAAGACUUCCAUGAAGCAGUGGCCAAAAUGACCAUAAUAGAUGCUCUUCUCUUCAUUAUUGUUCAUUCCAUUGACAAGCUGGGGAUAUGGCAUCGUUUGCCUGUGGUCUUUGGGCUAUUAUACCUGGCCAUAAGACGCCACCUUCAUCAAGAGUACAACCUCUUCAACGUAGGAACAACACCAGUGGGGGUGAGGUUCAACCCUUCUGAUUUUCCAUACAGAACAGCUGAUGGAAAAUACAACGAUCCUUUCAAUGAAGUUGCUGGCAGUCAAGGCACUUUCUUCGGCAGAAAUAUUCUCCCUGUGGAUCAGAAAAAUAAGGUAUUGAAGCCUGAUCCAAUGGUGGUAGCCAGUAAACUACUAGCAAGGAGGACAUACAAGGACACAGGGAAGCAAUUCAAUGUGAUAGCAGCUUCUUGGAUUCAGUUUAUGAUUCAUGAUUGGAUCGAUCAUCUUGAGGAUACCAAACAGAUUGAACUCACUGCACCAAGAGAAGUUGCAAGCCAAUGCCCUCUGAAAUCUUUCAAGUUCUUAAAGACCAAGGAAUUUCCCACUGGAUUCUACGAGAUCAAAUCCGGAACAUCAAACAUUCGAACACCUUGGUGGGAUGCAAGUGCUGUAUAUGGAAGCAAUGGAGAAGUUUUACAGAAAGUGAGGACUUUCAAAGAUGGGAAGAUAAAGAUAUCAAAGGAUGGAAACCUUCUGCAUAAUGAAAAUGGAACAGCAGUUGCAGGUGACGUCCGCAACAGUUGGGCUGGUGUUUCAACUUUGCAGUCCCUUUUCAUUCAAGAACACAAUGCAGUUUGUGAUUCUCUCAAGAAACAUUACCCUAACUUGAAUGAUGAAGAACUGUAUCGCCAUGCAAGAUUGGUGACUUCAGCUGUGAUUGCGAAGGUUCACACCAUUGAUUGGACUGUGGAGCUUCUUAAAACUGACACUCUCCUUGCAGGCAUGCGUGCCAAUUGGUAUGGGUUAUUGGGGAAGAAGUUUAAGGACACAUUUGGACAUGUUGGUGGAUCCAUCUUGGGAGGAUUUGUGGGUAUGAAGAAACCAGAAAAUCAUGGUGUCACCUACUCUUUAACAGAAGAAUUUGUGAGUGUCUACAGAAUGCACUCACUCCUACCUGAUAACCUACAACUCAGAGACAUAUCUGCCACUCCUGGGCCAAACAAAUCUCCACCAGUAACCAAAGAAAUUCCUAUGAAAAACUUGAUAGGACUACCAGGGGAGAAAACAUUAACAGAAAUAGGAGUUGCAAGACAACUUGUGUCAAUGGGUCACCAAGCUUGUGGGGCAUUAGAGCUUUGGAAUUAUCCAGAGUGGCUCAGAGACCUUGUACCACAAAACGUAGAUGGCACAGAAAGGUCUGAACAUGUGGACCUAGCUGCUCUUGAAAUUUACAGGGAUAGGGAGAGGAAUGUGGCUAGAUACAACCAAUUUAGGAGGGGAUUACUAUUGAUACCUAUCUCAAAGUGGGAAGAUUUAACUGAUGACAAGGAAGCAAUUCAAGUUUUGGAAGAAGUAUAUGGAGAUGAUGUUGAAGAACUUGAUCUACUGGUAGGUCUCAUGGCAGAAAAGAAAAUAAAGGGUUUUGCAAUCAGUGAAACAGCUUUUGUAAUAUUCCUACUCAUGGCAAGCAGGAGGCUAGAAGCUGAUAGGUUUUUCACCAGCAACUAUAAUGAAGAAUCAUACACUAAAAAGGGACUGGAAUGGGUGAAUACAACCGAGAGUCUGAAAGAUGUGAUCGAUCGUCACUAUCCUGAAAUGACACAUAAGUGGUUAAACUCUUCAAGUGCUUUCUCUGUUUGGGAUUCACUUCCAAACUCUCACAAUCAUGUUCCUCUCUACCUUCGUGUUCCUCAGUAA